AUGAAUGAUCAAGACACCGAAAAAGUGCCCAGGGCAGACCAUAGCCCUUCUCGAUUUACUGCAGUGAAUGGGAAAGAGCCCUCGGUGACUGCGGGAGCCGUGCCCACACCGGCUGUUACCGAUUGCGCCGCUGAGUCUCCUGAUGUCUUCGUACGAAAUGGUUUGGAUGCGCAGUCUCGCCUCGACGAACAAAUACAGGGCAACGUGAACCCCGAGAGCGGCAACAGUGCUAAUGAACAAGAGGAGCCCCAUUCUCAGCGGUCACCUUCCCUGAGUGGCUCGUCGGGUCCCAGCAAAAGCAAACGGAAAAGAUCGGAAUCUGGGGAACAAGAAGAAAGCCAUGGUAUGCUUCGCAGGGCUCCGAAGAGCCCGGUUCUGCGUUCAGAUGAUACGAGCCAACCCCUCACUCAGACAUCCACGUCUAAUGACACCGGCAUGUCCCAUGGGGAAAGCGAUAUCAAGCACCCAUCCCCUUCUACUCAGGCUCGAUUGGAGGAAAAUGGGAGUGAUAACCGAACGCCACCGGCGAAUACAGCAUGGCACGAUUAUGAUUCCCAGCUGGUACAUCAAGCCCAGCGUGCACAACAGUUUGACGCAUCCGAUGCUCAAUUGGCUGAGGCACUCCAGCGCGAGGCCAAUGGCCAUGAUUCGUCUCAAAAGAAUUGGGGUACAAGCGGUCGUCCAACGGAAGGGCCAGCACAGAGUGAGCAACCAUCCUCACUAUCUGUACUUCCUCAGGAGCGGCCACAGGCAGCCGUCCAAGUUGCACCCAAGAGAAAACGCGUGUUUAGUAACCGAACCAAAACAGGUUGCAUGACUUGCCGGAGGAGGAAAAAGAAGUGCGAUGAACAACAUCCUGCCUGUAAGUUUGGUGAUAUGGCUUCCGUAGCUAUGUUGUGGUAUGGUUACGAUCUAACUUCAUCGAUGUUGUAG